AUGAUGGGGACACUGAAUGGAACUGAACUCUGCUUUCCACAACUACUCAACACCUCCUGCAGAAGACCAGAACCUCCUCACUCCGAGUCUGUGCUCAUUUACAUUCUGCUGUCCUUCAUCUCUCUGCUCACUGUGACUCUCAACUUGCUGGUCAUCAUCUCCAUCUCCCACUUCAAGCUGCUUCACACCCCCACCAACCUCCUUCUCCUCUCUCUGGCUGUCUCAGAUUUCUUCGUGGGUCUCCUCAUGUUGUUUCAAAUUGUCCUCAAUGGCUGCUGGCUUCUGGGUGACCUCAUAUGUACUUUGUGUUAUGUUUUGAACUACACUAUUACUUCUGCCUCAGUAGGAAACAUGGUUCUCAUAUCAGUCGACCGCUAUGUGGCCAUUUGUGACCCUCUGCAUUACCCCAAGAAAGUAAGUGUUAGAGAAGUUACAAUCUGUGUUUGCCUUUGUUGGGUCUGUUCUCUUCUUUACAACGGUCUCAUUAUGCAGGACAACUUGAAACAACCAGGCAGGUAUAGUUCCUGCACUGGAGAGUGUGUAGUCAUCAUUAACUACAUUGCAGGAAUUGCUGACAUUAUUUUGACUUUCUUUGGUCCUGUCACUGUCAUUGUAGUUCUGUAUAUGAGAGUAUUUAUGGUAGCUGUGUCUCAGGCCCGUGCCAUGCGAUGUCAUGUUGUAGCUGUCACACUCCAGCAUUCAAAGACUGUAACUGCUAAAAAAUCUGAGAUAAAAGCAGCCAAGACUCUUGGUGUUGUUAUAGUUGUGUUUCUGAUAUGCCUUUGUCCAUACUGUUCAUCUCUUGCAGGUCAGAACACCUUGAUUGGUUUUACAUCUGUGUCCUUAGAGACUUGGAUGUUCUAUUUCAACUCCUGUCUAAACCCUGUGAUCUAUGCAUUUUGCUACCCCUGGUUUCAAAAAUGUGUCAAAUUCAUUGUUACACUUCAGAUACUGCACCCUGACUCCCAUGAUGCCAACAUACUGUAAAGUCAGACUAUGGUGUCAGCUAUAAUUUUUCUGUGAAGAAGGAAUAAAGUCAGAAUGUAUGAAUCCAAAA